UUCAAUAAAAUAUGUAUGUUGUUUUGUGUAAAAUUUAAUAUUUUUAUUGGACAGAAUGGAUUAUAUGGAAAGGGAACUUAUUUAUCCAGUGAACUUAGUGUUUCUCUCAUUUACAGUCCAAUGGGUAAUAGUUGGAGACAUAGUAUAUUUGGAUCACAGUUAAGUUGUGUAGCACUUUGUGAAAUAAUUGAUCAUCCAGAUGUUAAAUGCAAGGGUAAAGGAACAUAUGGAAAUUGUCAACAAUCUUCACCAGAUAGUCUAGCAGGUGACAUUCCUGAUAAAUAUUAUCUUGUACAGAAUAAUGACCUGGUACGCAUACGUUAUCUUCUUGUAUAUAGUAACAGUUCUAGGAGUGAAAACAGGAUUAGAGUUCCUAAAUGGUGGUGGAAGUAUCGUUUCACUAUUCUGAUGCUAAGUUAUGUUGUUAUUUUAAUAGGAAUUAGUCUGUCAUCAUCCAGAGCAUUGCAGCAAUUUUUAUGGAAACAUUUUUAAUAGCUUAUAAAUAUAAUAUGCAGUCUUCCAAUUGUGCCUCUUGAAUAUAUUUUUAUUAUUGAAUUAUAUAUAAAUAAUUUUUAUAUAGAUUUAAAAAAAUAAGAAAAAUGUGUAAGAAUAUUUAAUUAUUUUUGCUGCAAUUUUUACAAAAAUUGCUUUGCCGAUUAUAUAAAUGUUUGUUAAAAAUUAGCUAUUAAAAGUCACAAUAAAAAUCAGUAUUACA